UGGAUGGGGGUUAACAUUUUGAUGGGGGGGGGGAGUACUCAGAGAGCCACUCUGGUGGGGUAAGUAAUUAGUGCAGCGGGGUAAUUGAGUGAAGAUAGAUGGACAUGAGCUCUGCUGCAGAAGGCUGGACGCUGCAGCAGCAACUUUCGCCCCGCUGGUCCGGGGCAGCCCUGGAGUGACGUCACAGACGAGCUGCCGAGACCGGGAGCGGAGCCGGGCCGCUGACGGCAUGCGCAGGCUUCGCCGAUCCAAACCUCCGCCGUCCUCCCACCUUCGCGCCGCCGCUUUCCGCGCCUCGCCUUCCCUCAGAGAUUCCAGCGGCGAUCACUUACAGAAUAACACCGAUGGUGAUGAGGCUUCAGCACGUCUGCCAAUAUCAGUAUUCGUUUGUUUCUGUGGCAUCUGCGCAGCACGUGGAGAAUCCUGUGUGUGAUAAGUGUAAUUCCUUUUGACUAACUGAGGGGUGAUCCGGGGAUGGAGGAAGACCAGCAAGAGGCAGAAGCAAGCCCAACACCAUCAGCAGUAUUCGAUGACGAUCCACACAAUAUGUCAGAUAUUCCUCAAAACCUGUAUGAAGAUGCUUUUAAACUUUUGUGGGAAAUGAAGAUGCGAAAAAGGCAAGGAAAACCAAAUCUACCAGACACUGUCACUGAACUUAGCACAGAAGAUGGUUGUAAGGUGUACCUGGUUGGCACAGCCCACUUUAGCGAGAGUAGCAGAAAAGAUGUUGUAAAGACUAUUCAAGAAGUGCAGCCAGAUGUAGUAGUUGUAGAACUGUGUCAGUACAGAGUCUCCAUGCUCAAAAUGGAUGAAAAGACAUUACUUAAGGAAGCCAGAGAAAUCAAUCUGGACAAGUUGCAGCAAGCUAUAAAACAGAAUGGAGUAAUGUCUGGAUUGAUGCAGAUGCUACUAUUGAAGGUCUCUGCUCACAUCACAGAACAGCUGGGCAUGGCCCCAGGAGGGGAAUUCAGGGAGGCCUUCAAGGAGGCUGGAAAAGUGCCUUUCUGUAAGUUUCACCUUGGGGAUAGGCCCAUCCCCAUCACCUUUAAAAGGGCCAUUGCUGCACUUUCCCUCUGGCAAAAGGUCAAGUUAGCCUGGGGCCUCUGUUUCCUGUCUGAUCCUAUCAGUAAAGAUGACGUAGAAAAGUGCAAACAAAAAGAUCUUCUGGAGCAGAUGAUGUCUGAAAUGAUUGGAGAGUUUCCUGAUCUUCACCGCACCAUUGUUGCUGAACGAGAUGUUUACCUAGCCUAUAUGCUAAAACAAGCCGCAAAGCCGUUAGAACUACCUCUGGCUUUGGGAUCUGAGCCCAGCCAACGAAUACCAUCCGUUGUGGUAGGAGUAGUUGGAAUGGGUCAUGUGCCAGGAAUUGAGAAGAACUGGAAAAAUCUAUUAAAUAUUCAAGAAAUAAUAAGUGUUCCUCCACCUUCGUUAGCUACUAAAGUAUUGAAGUUUUCUCUUAAAACAACUGUUAUUGGACUCGUGGGUUAUGGCUGCUACCGUUUGGGAAAAGGGACCAUUCAGCUGAUGCUGUCAAGACCAUUAGUACAGAGUUACCUCCAUAAAUAUACAAAUCAAAUAUUCUAACUGAAAGGAAAACGUUUUGAAGACCUUUUACUUGUUGAUUGAGAAGUGCUGAUGGAAAAUAUGCAGGAAGCUUUGCAUUUUCCAAUGUUUGAUUUACACUUUGAAUUCAGUAACAGACGUGAUUCGUAACAUGGAUGAGGUCUCAUUACUGAAAGGCUACACCAACUGGGAGUGACGAGAAAUAAUCAUCAGAAAUUAUACUGAUUCCAUGUUAUGUAAAAACGCUUGAAUUUUAACUCGCAGGAAAUCUGAUCUGUGAAUGGCUUGAACUUAAUUCACAAGUUACUAUAUUUUAAGCCUGUCAAUUUGGGAUUAGGUGUGGAAGAACAUGGAAAAUUUACAAAUUCAUAUUUUGAAAUGUUGCAAUAUUACUAUUUUCAUUUAAUGCAACAUCAAGAGACCAAUGGAUACUUUAGAAUCAUGUUCAGAUGCCACUGAGGCAAUCUUGUGAUUAUCUCAGAUGUUCGUUACAACUGAAACUGCACAAAACUGUCUUACUAGAUUUCGAAGCAGUAUCCAUAAGGUAGCAGCUAAGUUGCAAUUUAAGAUGCAACCAGUAGCUUUUAGAAACAUUUAUUAACUCUUAUUUUGAAAGGUUAUGGAAUUCUAAUAAAAUAAGUAUUUAAAAUUAUUUAUGAUUCGCUCUUUCAAAAGUUACAUGCAAUCAUUUUUUUGCUUCCCAAUCUGAAGUUUGCCAUUUUACAAUGUAUUGCAAAGAAAGGGAUAGACUUCUUCCCCAUUUUCCUUCCCUCCCCUCCUACCCCUCACUCUCAGAUUUAAUCUCUGUUUCUGAAGAUAGUGACUCUUUGCAGAAGGGUGCCCUAUAAUUGCUGAGGCACCUUCCCUUUUAUUUUGGUCAGAUUUUUUUUCCAUGAUUCAUAUUAGUUUGAGUAUUGGUCGGCUAUUUUCCAGUGAGGGAGUGUCACUGUCAGGCUUAAUCAUGGCCUUGUUAAAUACAUAGGUUUCCAGUUGCAUGGUAGAUUCAGUACCUGUUUCUAUCCAGCAACUUUCUGCAUCAUUCAAAAUUUAUUAAGAACAUGUAAGCAAGUAAAAUGGCAUAAUCUGCUUUUGAUGGUCUACCCUUCUUGCCAUUGUCAUGUAAUGUUUAUAGGAUUCCUUACAGCCAAUUAAAUGCCAAUUCUGACCAGGCAAUAAUCUGAUUGAAAACUACUUCCUCCAUCGGACUGGGGAGCAUAAUAAAUUCUGAAGUGUUUUAUGAAUUACAUUGUGCUACAUUCAUUAUUUAUAGAUGGUUGAUAAUAAAAACACAAUUUGCCAGUGUUUUAGUUUGCAAGGUUUGCUGAAUCUUGUAGAUUACCUUAUUCUGAAUUUGUAUCUCUGUUAAAUGCCAUUUUUUUUUUCAGAUCAUUCAAGGAAUGUAGUAAGAUUUACCUAAAUGAUGUAGAUUAUGUCCACUUUUUGUGAAUCUGCAAUAUAUUAAUGGCACUUGGUAGGCUGUUUCUGCUUCAUAUUUGUAGGUCUAGUAUCACCUUCAACAAGAAAGCAUUGCCCUCUGAAAUUCUCUAUUCCAUCCAAUGCAAAUUGUGCAGGAAAAUAUGAAUAAAAAGUAAUAAUUUAUAACUUUAUCAGGAUUGCAACUUUUUCAUCUGAACAAUGGAAUUGUGUGUGGGUUAAUACGUGGGUAUAACCAUGCAGUUUUCUUAACAAGUAAAGGGCUCGAUUAGUUUUUAUUUAGCUUUUGAAUGCUUGAGGAAAUAUAAAGUGCACCUUGAUGCCUUUGGGGAGAUGGGUGUGAUUUGUAUGACAAACCAAUGUACCUGGUUUAUAACUGGUACAACUAAUUUAACAAUUUUGUUUUGAAUAAAAUUGUCAAGAAAAUGGGAGAGUGAAAUUAACGUAGUGGAAGUGCAUGCUUGCAUCAGGAAUCUGAAUGCAUUACAAGUGUUGUCUCUUAUGUUAAAAUAAUUGUGUGCCACAUAUAUCUUGAUUUGAAUAAGCUGUGACUUUAACCAUAUUAGUAUACAGUUCUGUUAAUCUGAUUUGAAGCAGAUUGCAUCAGCAGGUCUAAGUUAUAAAAUCAUAUGGAUCAUAAAAGCAUUUGUGUUAUUCAAAGGUCCUUGUGUUUGAAUAUCUUUUAAGAAACGUUUCAUCCUGAUGGAAUGAAGAUACUUCCUCCUAAGGCUUUAGUUUAAAAAAAAUUCAGCAAGCAAAAUGCUACCUUCAUAUCUGCUUGUUAUAUGGUACUAUUUAAUUUUGAUGAGGAAAAUAGAAUUAAAUGUGGAAAAACGUAAUUUAACACACCCAUUCACUCUCACAGAAAAGGCCUUGUUUGAAUUCUAGAUUUUCAGACUAAACACUUAAAAUAGAUGCUCACAGUGUUGUGACUUUUCAGUCAGUAUUUUUUCCAACACUGAGAUGAGCUGUGUCUCUUGUGAUGCAUUAAAUAGUUUCAUCACUGAAUUCAUUUAAACUGAAAUUAAGUUUUCAGUAGUGCCUAUACAUAAAUAAUCAAGUCCUUCUGCUUUACAUGUAACUGCAAAGAUUUUUUUUCUCUAAUAUGGUUAUUUCUGUUAUUUUGAAGCUUUCUGUGCAAAAUUUACCCCUGCUGGAUAUUGUGGUGUACAGCAAUUUAGAUUCAUUCUGAAAACUUAACAACUCUGCCUUAUAUGCAAACCUCUCCUUAAGUAAAACUGAUACUGAACAUUCUUUUUCUAUGCGCACAGCCUGAAUUAAUGCAAAAUGUAAAAGUUCAGGAAGGUGUUAAUUGUUAAAAUACUUUUCCAAUAGAAGUCAAUGUGCAUUUAUUAUAAUAUGAUUUACAAGAACAAAGUGGGCCUAUUAGUCUUGACUGUGACAAAAAUCAAUGUAGUCAAGUUUGUAUUAUGUAUUUGAACUAAUUCAAAAUGUAUUUGGAGAAGAUGAGAAAUAAAGAUAAUGGGCGAUAAAAGUUGAUCUGGUCACUGGAUUUAGCAGUCUUAACAAUAUUUAAGUCUGCACUUUUCCAAAUCAUAAAUACUUAACACUACCUAUAAAUCACUGAAAAUGUGAAGUACAACUAAAUUUAAAUUCCAGCAUCAUUAUUUCUGUUCCUGAGAUUGUUUGCUAAAAUACUUAAUUUUGACAUGACAUUCCCUGGAAAGUGUUAUUUUUAAUGUACCAAAAAAAACUUGAUUUUUAUUUAGUUACCUAUUGUGUGAUGCUGCCUUGCCAGGCUUUCAUUUCUGCUUCUCAGGUACUGUACUUCUGUUUUAAGUGGAAUCUUAAACUUUCACUUGGUUGAACUUUUGAGUUGUACGAAGUCAGGGUUUCUGGGCAUCAUGCUAUGGGUUAUGUGGUUUUUGUAUCAUGUCUUUCCAUUGUAAUAUAAAUUUAAAAGAUCUAUAUUCAAUUUCUGUAGGAUUGUGCCUUUUAACUGCUGAGCAUUCUGAGGUAUUGCAGAUCAUAAUGGUAACGUUAUUAUAAAAAUAAAGUUUUGCAGACAUUU